UGGUUGUUCAAACUUCAGGGGUCGGGACGUUUGUGGUGCCUUGCGGCCUUCCUCUAGGUUCAUUUCCAACAGGUUUCUCUAGAAAGCUCCUCCGCUGCAAUCAUGGUGGUUGCCAGCCCUGACGUCGUUGCAAAGCUGCGGGCACAGGUUUUGGACCCAGCAGCGCCCAUCGCGCAGCGUUUCAGGACGCUCUUCUCGCUGAGGAAUUGCAGUGGGGAUGAGGCUCGGGAGGCCCUGGAAGCUGCUAUGAACGACCCAUCAGCCCUGCUGGCCCACGAAGCAGCCUUCUGCCUGGGCCAAAUGCAGGACGAGAAAGCAGUGCCUGCCCUCCAGGAGUGCCUCAAGAAUGCCCAAAUCCAUGCCAUGGUCCGACAUGAGGCCGCAGAGGCGCUGGGGGCGAUUGGCAGCAAGGAGUGCCUUACUUUGCUACAGGAGCGAGCAAUCGAUGCGGCGCCCGAGGUCGCAGAAACGUGCCAGCUGGCGCUACGGCGGAUCGCGCACAAGCAGGCGGAGUCUGCGGCAAGUACCAGCGGGGAUGGGAACUCGCCCUAUAAGUCGGUCGACCCGGCGCCGGCCGCCAAUCCAAAUGCAACGGAGGCUGAGUUGAGGGCGAGACUGCUGGACGAAGGCCUCGAUCUCUUCGACCGCUACGCUGCCAUGUUUGCGCUGCGCAACCGAGGGACGCCGGAGGCUGUCGAUGCAAUUGUGGACACGUUGACGGCCAAGAGUGCGCUGCUCAGGCAUGAGGUAGCAUAUGUUCUGGGCCAACUGCAGAGCGACCGCGCCACUCGGGCGUUAGCGGACACGCUCUGCGAUGAGUCCGAACACCCUAUGGUCCGACACGAAGCGGCCGAGGCUCUCGGUUCCAUCGCCGACCUAGCUAGUGUAGAACUACUGAAAAGGUUUCAGAAGCAUUCGGAGCCAAUUGUCAGCCAGAGUUGCGAGGUCGCGUUAGAUAUGCUGGAGAGCGAACAGGCGGGCGAGUUCCAGUAUGCCACGGUGGAGGUUGACCGGAUGAACGCAGGGAGUAGUGAACAAACUGCUACGAUAGAGGUGUGCUGAGUGACUAUUGGAACUGCACGAGAUUUUUUGGCGAAGACCAUUGGUUGAUAGACUCAUACCGAAUCUUGUUGUCUGGGAAAUGAGCCGCGGCAUGUAUAACAAGAUUGUCCAACAAUGACUGCCCG